ACUCUAUGAGACAAAAAUUAAACUAAAACCCUUAUUUUCCAAUAUAUGUUCUCGAGACAAUCAAGUAGUUAUAAUUUGGGUCGGGUUUAUUUGACAACAUAAGCAACCCGUCCAUGAAAAUUUUGGUUUAGGUGUCUUCCUUUGGAUUUACUCCCCCCCUUUCAGUCUUCUCAGUCCUUGACUUCCCGUCAACCACCAUACCGCCGUCACAAAUGGCGUUUCUCCGACUACGCACAAUCACAACCACCGCUGUCUUACCAACUCUCCGUCGUACUUUUUCUUCAUCUCCAACCUCCCUAACCGAAACUAAAUCCCCUUCAAUGGCGGACUAUCUCUUAACCCACGAUCUCGCUUCUCAAAUUGGCACUUCUAUGCCCAUUUCCAUGAUGCGAAUCGGAACUAUCAUUCACAACAUUGAACUCCGUCCAAAUGAAGGAGGAAAACUCGUACGUUCUGCCGGAACUUCAGCUAAGAUUCUGAAAGAACCCUCUUCUGCACGUCGCGUUCUAGUCCGUCUACCUUCUGGGGUUGACAAGCUGAUUGAUACUCGUUGUCGGGCUACAAUUGGGUCGGUUUCUAACCCGUCUCAUAGUGCGAAGAAGUUAAAGAAAGCUGGGAAUAGUAGGUGGCUUGGAAGAAGACCAGUUGUUAGAGGUGUUGCAAUGAAUCCAAUUGAUCAUCCUCAUGGUGGUGGUGAAGGUAAAAGUAAAGGGCAUCAUUCUGUUUCUCCUUGGGGUAAACCUACCAAAGGCGGGUAUAAGACUGCUUGCCCUAAGAAGAAGAAUCGCCUCAUUUAAGAAUAUCCAUUUCGUAAUGUACAAGUAUCGUCAACAUCUUCAACUUCUCGAGUUAUAGAAGGUCCGUUAAGACAUUCAAAACUUCUAUCGAAUGAUGUCAUGUGCUUGUUGGAUGAAAAUCUAAUCGAUAUUAGCUGGUUCUUCAAUCCUAUUAAUGCUGUUUCCCAUAGGUUCGGAAGAUGUUUUCUGGGGUUAAUGAAUAAUUUGAUCACGAAGGUCGUUAUUUCCUUUGUUUUUUAUAUCGAUAUAUUUUAGAAUCGAAUAUGCGCAUGAAGUUCAACAUUGCGUCCUUCUUAUUCCGUGGUUGGGUGCUGAAAUCCUCAUACGGCUUGAGGUUAAUCGUUGAUUCGAUGUUCUUCAAACGAAGGCAUACAAUAAAAAGGCUUUGUGCCUGCAAUUGUUUUAAAAACCGAAUUUUGUUUCUAUUCUUUAUCUUUUAUUUUCGACUUAUGUCAAACGAAUGUUAGAACAUCCUACGAGUUAACUAUCUAAUAAGUUGUGGAGGAUUUGCAAAUUAUAGGUAGGAUAAACUUUUGAGCUUUGGGAUCGUAACAUAAUUCUUUGAUGUAUGCCCUAUUUUGAACUUCAUUCACUAUUAUGUUGUCAUUCGUGAACAACAUAAAUUAUGAUCCAUAGGUUUUAUUAGGGACAUAACGGAUAGAAAAGGGUACAAAGCUAAAACUUUUUAUAAUUAAGGAAAUAUUGUUUAAUAAUUUUAAGUAUUUUUCAUUUGUCAGUGAAUAAUUAUAAUUAUUGAUUAUUUUUAAAUAAUUUAAUAUUUAUAUAUUUUUUGCUGAUAACAUCUUUUGCCACAUUUUAACCGUUAUUGUAGGUUUCGACCACCAAAAAGGAGUAGAGUUAAUUAGAACAAUCAA